AUGAAGGCUUAUCGCUUUGACAGCGUGGAGGGCGGGCUCCAACUUCAAGAUAUUGUGAAGCCAAGCCCAUCGGCUGGGCAGGUGCAGAUCAAAGUGGAGGUUUGUGGCCUCUGCCACUCAGACUGCCAUAUCAUCAAUGGGCAAACGACGCAGAUCCAGCGGCCCCUUACUCUCGGUCACGAGGCUGCGGGAGUGGUGACUGAGCUAGGUGAGGGUGUCUCGAACUUCAAGAUCGGCGACCGAGUCGUCAUCGGGCUGGGUGGCCAUCCAACGAGACCCGACAAAGUAAUCGGUCUCUCCUGCGACGGCGCAUACGCGGAAUACGCAGUCUCUCCCGCGAGGAUGGUCGUUCCGAUUCCCGGGAGUCUUAGCUGGGAGCAAGCUGCUGUCGCCACGGAUUCGGUCGUGACGGCUUACCAUGCUGUGGUGGCGGAAGGGAAGGUGAACCGCUCUAUGAAAGUUGCGGUCAUCGGUCUAGGUGGUCUGGGAUCCAUUGGCCUUCAAAUCGCGAUCCUUCAAGGGGCCGAGGUCUAUGCCUUCGACAUCGACACUAAGAAGGUGGAAAUGGCACGCACUUCUGGGGCCAAAGGUUGCUUCAGGACACUCGACGAGGCCGAGGACGUCAAGUUCGACGUGAUCUUAGAUUUCGUUGGAAUGACCGUCACAAUGGCGGCAGCCCUGAACGCGAUAGUAUACGGUGGCCGUAUCGUUAUGAUCGGCCUCAAUGAACCCACAGUGACUUUAUCAACCUUUGGCAUGGCUUGCAACAACGUCGAAAUCAGGGCUGCAUUAGGUGGGAGCCUCAAGGAGUUGAGUGUCGUACUCGACCUGCUUGAUAAAGGCAAGAUAGUUGCGACAGUAGAGGAGGUACCUUUUGACAAGCUCUCGGAAGGACUACAUCGGCUGGAGACAGGCAAAGUAGUCGGAAGGCUUUUCACGAGGCCAAACAGGUCUUAG